UUGUUCUAAUUUUACUGAAUGUGUUGGUAAAACAACCGCUUACGGAUAUCAGAAAAGUGCGAAAACACCAAAAAACCAAAGAAAUGAAACAGAAAAACGAGAAAGCUCAAACAGAUUCUUACUACAAAAUGGCAGCAAAUGCAAAGCUUUCUUCAGUUUAAUUAUGGGUGUUUGCAAUUGUGGUGCCUAAGCCCUAAGCCUAAACUAAAUCCACCUCCUCCCUCCUCCUUUUAGUUUAGGAAAAGAAUCUCUACUUCAUAAUUUCUAGGGUUUCGUUUCUUUGCCAUCUCAUUUCCUCGGCUCUUUUUGGAUUUAGGCGGGGAUUGGAAUCAAUGAGAGAUCAAUUGAAUUCGGAUCUGUUUGACCCGAGAACUGAGAUGGUCCCAGAUUUUUCGCGUGGGGCGUCUAGCUCCGAUGGUGAUUUCGGUUUCGCUUUCAACGAUAGUAAUUUCUCCGAUAGACUUCUUCGGAUUGAGAUUAUGGGUGGGCCCCCUCAGUGCCGCCCCGAUGGAGAGGGUUGCACAAGCAUCGCCGACUGGGCUCGCCACCGCAAAAGGCGUCGAGAGGAUAUCAAGAAGGAAACCGUUUUGGAUCUUAGUUUAUGUCCUGAGGAGCAGAUGUUAAAUGACAUCCAGCCUGAUAUGGACGGUGGUGGAGGCUUUGAGAAUCAAGACGAGGAGCCAGUGGCAAUGGUUGAAGAAAUACAAUCAGGUGAUGAGGAUGCGAAUAGCAAUGAAUCAAGCUGGAGCAUGGAUUGUUCUACAGUUCUGAGAGUUAAAACAUUGCAUAUCAGUUCUCCCAUUUUAGCAGCAAAAAGUCCCUUCUUCUACAAGCUUUUCUCAAAUGGGAUGAGGGAGUCGGAGCAACGGCAUGUAACCUUAAGAAUCAAUGCCUCUGAGGAAGCUGCUCUCAUGGAGCUUUUGAAUUUUAUGUAUAGCAACAACUUAUCUGUCACCACAGCUCCUGAAUUGCUUGAUGUGCUGAUGGCCGCUGACAAAUUUGAGGUUGCCUCUUGUAUGAGAUACUGCAGCCGGCUAUUGCGCAAUUUGCCUAUGACACCAGAGUCAGCUUUGCUUUAUUUGGAUCUUCCCUCGAGUGUAUUAAUGGCCGAAGCUGUCCAACCAUUGACUGAUGCUGCAAAGCAGUAUCUCGCUGCCCGUUACAAAGACAUUACCAAGUGCCAAGAAGAGGUAAUGGCUUUGCCACUAGCUGGGAUUGAGGCAAUAUUGUCCAGUGAUGAUCUGCAAAUCGCAUCUGAAGAUGCUGUGUAUGACUUCGUGUUAAAGUGGGCAAGGGCUCAGUACCCAAAACUGGAAGAGCGUAGGGAAGUGGUUGGUUCACGCCUUGCUCGCUUUAUUCGCUUCCCUUAUAUGACCUGCCGGAAGCUUAAGAAAGUGUUAACAAGUAACGAUUUUGAUCAUGAGGUUUCAUCGAAACUUGUGCUUGAGGCCCUUUUUUUCAAGGCUGAAGCUCCACAUAGACAACGAAGUUUGGCUGCAGAGGAGUCUGCCAGCUUGAACCGUCGCUUUAUUGAGCGAGCUUACAAGUAUCGGCCUGUUAAGGUGGUGGAAUUUGAACUUCCCCGUCAGCAAUGUGUUGUGUACCUGGACUUGAAGAGGGAGGAGUGUGCAAAUUUAUUCCCUUCUGGACGAGUUUAUUCUCAGGCAUUCCACCUGGGUGGACAAGGUUUCUUCCUCUCAGCCCAUUGCAACAUGGACCAGCAGAGCUCUUUCCAUUGCUUCGGGUUGUUUUUAGGAAUGCAGGAAAAGGGUUCUGUUAGUUUUGCAGUGGACUAUGAAUUUGCAGCAAGGUCAAAGCCAACAGAGGAGUUUGUUAGCAAAUACAAAGGCAACUACACAUUCACCGGCGGCAAGGCUGUUGGCUACCGGAAUUUAUUCGCUAUACCCUGGACUUCUUUCAUGGCUGAAGACAGUCUUUACUUCAUAAAUGGUAUACUCCAUCUUCGAGCUGAGUUAACCAUCAGGCACUAACCAACUCCUGUUUGAUCCAUCGAAUUUCUGCCUUCUAACUCCCCUUUUGUUGUUGCUCUGCUCAGAUAAUGAGCCAAAGGCAAUCUAAAAGUAAAUGGAUAAACUUUUGUUUUUGUUUCUUCAAGGAUCGUGUUGAUGGGUUUGUUUGGCUAUGGAGGUGGAUUAACGUCUAUGUUAACUUAUUUAUAUGUAUUUAAGCAAAUUACUUUAAGAUGA